AUGUGCCGGCGGUGCUCCGCGUGCUGCUGCACUGGGCGGGCGGGCGGGGCCGCCCCCGCCCGGCGAUGCACAUACACGCUCGUGUUGGAGGCGACCCACGCGCGUUGGGAGGCUCCCCUGCAUAUAGGGCUGCGCGGGCGCACAAAACCCUCGGGAGAGGGCGGUUUUUGUCGGACUCCCCAUCGUUGGGACGGACGAUUCGAUACCGAUUUAAGGCUGGUACCGCACAUAUAA